UUUCUUCCAGACAACCCAAUGCCUCUUGACUCCAUGACCAUCAACAGCAUCUCCUAGCUAAACCGAGUCAGAGCGUCGCCCGUCUACUCCUUGCCCAAUGCCCCCAUGCUGGCUGACUUGGAGGACACCAACAAUGAAGGAGGUAACGGGGGUCAGCCGGAGAAACCUCACUUGGACUCACGGAGCCUGGUGUUUGAGCUGGACCCGUGCAGAGGGAAUGGGAAAGUCUGCCUUGUGUACAAGAACACUAAGCCAGGUGUCACCCCGGAUUCUGAGAUCUGGCUUCUGGACUGAGCUCUCUACUGGCAUUUCCUCACCAAAACCUUCACCGCUUACUACCUGCUCCUGAUCACCCACCUGGGACUGCCACAUUGGCAGUAUGCCUUCACCAGCUAUGGCAUCAGCCCCCAGGCAAAGCAAAGGUUCAACAUGUACAAGCCCAUCACUGUCAACACCGAUCAGCUCUCUGAGGAGGCCGAAUCCUUCGUGAACAAGCUGGACCCAAACAAGGUCUUCCUGAUAUUGCACAGAAACCAGAAACCUUAAAGUCAUGACAACACAGCACCAACCUUUGUAAGUUUUUAGAUGUGGAAGUGGUGAAACAUGACGGGUACUUAGGUGUUAAACCCUUUCAUAAACCCACUGACUGUAACUCCUUACUUCACUACUCUUCUUUUCAUCCUAAGGAUCUUAAGGACAAUUGUUGAGGAUCAAGAGGAAUUCCUCACUGAAUAGUGAUUUUUUCACUGCGGCCAAAACACUUUCUAAUUCCCUGUCAGCUAGGGGGUACCCAGAGCGUGUCAUUUCUCAGGCAAGAAGCAGGUCUCUGGCUGAGGAACACCCUUCACUAUUUCUCCCCAUUCAUCGUACUCAGUCCAGGGAAUGCAUUACAGGCUCCUGAGAAUUCUCUAAUCAUUCUGAUUUGAUUAUCAGGAUCCUCAGGAAACACUGGCAUUCACUGAGGAACAUUCAAGGCUGUGCUGAUUUUCCUCUCAUUGGCCAUAAGAAAACCUUUCUCUGUCAAAGAUUUUUUUAGUUCAUACUGAUCUGAUACUGGUUCCCACACCCACCAGUUCCUCGGUGGUGGGUCAUUAUAGAUGCAGCAGAUAUUUGUCUUGCACUCUCACAUUACAGGCAAAAGAAAUUUAAGGUGCCAACUUGGGCUUUAGAUUCACCCUUCACAAUCUGAGCACUUGCCAAACCAGAGAUGGAGCGUCUCUAAUACAAUGUCCCUCUAACUUGUUUCAUAUUAGUUCCACUGUACGCUCUGUCAGCGCCUGUGUUGGGGAGCAUCGCUCCCAUAUUAGAAACAAAGUGAUGGAGGCUCCCAUGGUGGAUCACUUUGUGAAGCACAAUCCUGCUGACACAGACUUGCCUUAUACAGUUUUAUGGGUCAGCCAGAAGAAACCUGGGAUGAGGAGGGACUUUGUCAAACUGUUACAUCAGCAAGAAGCCAGGUUGAUUUUAAAUCCUAACACCCCAAAGGUUUAAACACUGAACUAGACCUAAAUUGUUUUGUGUAAUUCCAGGUUUGGGUUUGCAGUUGUAAAUGUUGCUGUUAUCUGUAUUGCUGGUGUUGUGUAUAUUAGGUGCUGUAUUUUUAAAUCUGGGAGAACAAUUGGCUGGACCUUGUUCCUCUGGACCUCUGCAUGCAUCUGUGGCCUCAAGCACUGGCAGGAGUUGGGAAGUUACUUGGCCAGCAGGGGCCUGGGCAACACUGGGUUGGUAACUAGACUGCUGGGCCUCUGGCUCAUCCCACUGCUGCCCCUCCUACUCUGUUGGAUCAAUUUUGUUCUUUUUUCCAAACACUGAGAAGACUACCAGCUCUGCCUUAUUAUUUUGGGCCACUGUUCGCAUCUCUGGCCUCACCAGCACUGGCAGGAUUUUGCCAGCAGGGGCCUCCUCUUCAUCCUGCUCUACUGGAUAAAUUUUGUUCUUUUUUCCAAACUCUGGGAAGACUACAGGCUCUACCAUAUUUUUUCGGGCCACUGUGCAGAUCUCUGGCCUCACCAAUGCUGGCAGCAUACUGCCUGCAGGGGCCUCAUCCUCGUAUGAUGGGUAGAUUUUGUUUUUUUUCUUCAGAAAAAAAGCCAUCCUGCAAGAAAGGACAUCAGAAGAGCAACUCAUCAAAAAGAACUCACCACAUAAGCUACAUUUUUAAUAUGUUAUGUCCCUAGUGUUGGUUUUGACCUUAUCAGAAGUAGUUUCUAGUAAAUGACUCUGCAAUUGUUGUUAUACAGCCUCGCGUCUUGCCUGCUGCUAUACCAACCCUGGCAAUAUUACCGGCUCUACUUUGUUAUUUUGGGCCACUGUUCGCAUCUCUGGCCCCACCAAUACUGGCAGCAUAUUCCCAGCAGGGGCCUCUUCUUCAUCCCACUUCACUGGAUCAAUUUUGUUCUUUUUUCCAAACUCUGGGAAGACUACCGGCUCUGCCUUAUUAUUUUGGGCCACUGUUCGCAUCUCUGGCCUCACCAGCACUGGCAGGAUAUUGCCAUCAGGGGCCUCCUCUUCAUCCUGCUCCACUGGAUAAAUUUUGUUCUUUUUUCCAAACUCUGGGAAGACUACCAGCUCUACCUUCUUAUUUUGGGCCACUGUUCGCAUCUCUGGCCUCACCAAUACUGGCAGCAUACUGCCUGCAGGGGCCUCAUCCUCGUAUGAUGGGUAGAUUUUGUUUUUUUUCUUCAGAAAAAAAGCCAUCCUGCAAGAAAGGACACCAGAAGAGCAACUCAGCAAAAAGAACUCACCAAAUAAGAUACAUUUAAUACAUAGUGUUGGUUUUGACCUUAUCAGAAGUAGUUUCUAGUAAACGACUCUGCAAUUGUUAUUAUACAGCCUUGAGUCUGGCCUGCUGCUGCACCAACCCUGGCAGGACUACGGGUUCUACUUUGUUAUUUUGGGCCACUCUUCGCAUCUCUGGCCUCACUAGCACUGGCAGGAUAUUGCCAGCAGGGGCCUCCUCUUCAUCCUGCUCCACUGGAUAAAUUUUGUUCUUUUUUCCAAACUCUGGGAAGACUACAGGCUCUACCAUAUUUUUUCGGGCCACUGUGCAGAUCUCUGGCCUCACCAAUGCUGGCAGCAUACUGCCUGCAGGGCCCUCAUCCUCAUAUGAUGGGUAGAUUUUGUUUUUUCUU